AUGAUUGUCGAUUUUCGCAGAAAUAAAUCUAAUUUAAAUAAUUUCAUCGCGUAAGUUUAAAAGGUUUUCUUUAAUUUAUUUUAGUUUUUAAUAAUUGCUUUUUUAACAAAGGUAAAUUAAUAUUUUAUCUUUACAAUAUUAAGUUAAGUAAAAUUAAAAAUUUUUUUUUCAUUUAUAAUUUUUUUUAUGUUGAAAAACUACAAAAAUCAACGAAAAACUGUAUAAUACAAGAAUUUUUUAUAUUAUCAUAGCUUGUGAAAACUUCUCUCAAUAUACGUUUGAAACCUAUAUUCACAUAAAUGUUUUUAAACUCUAAAAACAACCAGAAUUUAGCGAAAAACCCGUGGAGACCGAAAAGGUCGACAACAUUCAGAUCGUCGCUUCCGACGUCCCAGCAUCCUUAAUAUUCGACCAGUAUCAUCAAGAAAAAGAGAAACUUACAGUGUCCUUUUCUCCAGCUCAAUUGGCACAAACAGCAGCUUCUACUCAAUGGGCGAUUCGUGACGAAGAUUCGGACACAGACACCUCGUAUAUUGAGGAUGAAGAAUCUGAAGAAGAGACUUAUGAACAUGGCCAAGGAGAUGUGAAUUGCCUUAUUUUUUUUUCUCCUUACCUUUAUGAUAAACCGGGAAAGUUCUGCGAAGAUCUUAAGGAUGUUAAUCUUCUUAAUUUUGACGAUCCGGAUGUUGAGGAUGAAGAAUGUGCUGAAGAUGAACCUGAACGUGGCCAAAAUGAAGGAAAGUGCCUUGAAUUCGAUCCGAAAAUCACUGAAAAUACAGGAAAUAUGAUUAAUCUUGAUUUUGAUAGUGAAAAAGUCUCUAAAGAUAGCCAAGUUGACGUCCAUUCGCUUGAUUUGAUCCCGAAAAGAACCGAAAAUAUUGGAACUAUUAUUAACAUUGACAACGAAAACUUACCUAUACCUCCAAUUCAACCGACAGAUAAUGGUAAAGGGAAAACGUCGAGCACAUUCAACAAUUUAGUCAACGAUCAGGUAAGACAAUGUGAAUUGAUCGAUCACAGUGAUUUCAGAUUUAUGCCGACUUCUUUGCCGAUCUUCUCAAAAAGUGA